GAGGCGCACGCUCUCAAACACAUCUCCCCUUUCACUCACCGUACAUCUCCGUGUAGAACAGUCGCCCCGGAGAUACCGAAAAGAAGAGAAACGGACCACACAACUCCCACCAUGAAACAAUAGUGAAACCGUUACGCUUGCCGGGAGUAACUUUCCCAGAACCAAACAUUACCUUUUUAUUGUCUCCACCGAAGUUGGUGAGGUUGAAAUAUGGAAACGGCUGCUUCAAGAUGUUUCCUAUUGCUCACUCAGCUCUUGCUCGUCUGUCAAUUAGCUGGACCUGUGCAAGGAUACGGACACCGGGCCCAGGCCGCCCAGCGCAAAUUCGCUGAUGACAUCGACUGGUCCUAUGCGGGGACUCUAAACCAAAACAACUGGGCCAACAAGUACCCAUCAUGCAGCGAUGCUAGACAGUCGCCCAUCAACAUCGAGGAGGACCUGACACAGGUCAAAGUUCAGUUCCAAAAGCUGAAGUUUGAGGGCUGGGAGGAGGCGAUGUCUGAUAGGACCACCAUCAAGAAUGACGGCAAGACCGUGGCGGUGAACCCAGAGGGGGACUUCUAUGUGAGUGGAGGUGGGCUGAGGGGCAGGUUUAAGGUGGGGAGAAUCACCUUCCACUGGGGCCGCUGUAACGCUUCCUCAGAGGGCUCCGAGCACAGUCUCAGUGGGGUCAAGUACCCUCUGGAGAUGCAGAUCUACUGUUAUGAAGCGCUUCACUUUGAGUCCAUAGACCAGGCCAUCAAGGACGGGGGCAGGAUCACAGCUCUCUCUGUGCUGUUAGAGACAGGCAUCGAAGACAAUGACAACUACAUGUCCAUUAUCGACGGAGUCAACAGGGUCAGCCGAUUCGGUAAGAGUGGGAUGGUGGGUUCCUUCUCUCUCCGUGGCCUCCUGCCCAACUCAACAGAUAAGUACUUCACCUACAAUGGCUCCCUCACCACCCCACCCUGCACUGAUACCGUGGAGUGGAUUGUCUUCAAGAACACUGUGGCCAUCUCCGACACGCAGCUGGAGAUGUUCUGUGAGGUGAUGACCAUGCAGCAGGCGGGCUACGUGAUGCUGAUGGACUACCUGCAGAACAACUUCAGGGAGCAGCAGCAGCAGUUCAUGGGACAGGUCUUCUCCUCCUAUACCGGCACAGAGGAGGUCCUCACUCCCAUCUGUAGUUCAGAGCCGGAGAAUGUGCAGGCGGACCCCCAUAACCUGACCAGCCUGCUGGUGAUGUGGGAGCGGCCGAGGGCGGUGUACGACGUCGGGAUAGAGAAGUACUCAGUCACCUACAGGCUGACCCAAGGAGAGGACUCUGCAACCUUCCAGUACCUGACUGACGGAGACCAGGAUGUGGGGGCCAUUCUGCAGGACCUGAUAGCCAAUACUAGCUAUGUGGUGCAGGUGGUGGCUGUGUGCACCAACGGUCUGUACGGUCGCGUGAGCGAGCAGCUGUCCGUCGACAUGCCCUUCGAAGACCCCGAGGCAACACCUUAUCCAGAUUCUACUGAAUUUGAAUGGGAAGAGGACUAUGGACCCUGGGCUGAACCGGGUGAAGAACUGGACAAUGACAUGGACUGGACAACCCAAAGCACUACGAGAACCAGGCCCACAGCAACCACUGGCCCACCCAGCCUCCCCUUGCCUGCUAUCAGAACCACCACCCCUUUUGUCCAGAGGAGAACCCCCACACCAGGCACUCCAUCCAGGACCACUCAACCCAACCGAGCACAGACUUCCACAGAGCAGAGUGAGAGGUACCGUAGCACAACCAGAGCACCAGCAGAGGGGGCCGUCUCAGCAGGCAGCAGAGGCAGGGGGAGAACCCAGAAGUAUACCACUACACUGACCACUCCGCAAUCACGCACUGAUGACAUCACCACUUCAUCAACCAAGACCGAGAAGGGCAGAGGGGUGGCGUGUCCUGUGACCGUCCCAAGCGGCAAAGGCAGCGGUGUUUCCAUGGCCACUCUGCUCCCGGAAAGCCGGACCGUGGCCACUUCCACCUCCUCCCUCUCUCAGGGAGAACCACCAUGGCCUACAAGUCCCAGCAUGCCCUUGUUUUCAUCCACUGCCUCCUUCGCCGGGGCACUCUUGCAGACCACGCAGCCGGUGUUCAACGGUGAGCUCCUCCCCUCCACCCUCCCUGUGUGUGACACGUCGACCCCUGGCAACCCCGGCUCCACCCCUAACAACGACCCCACCGCCUGCCUGCAUGCCCCUCCCUCGUCUAGACCUUUGUCGUCUGUGACCCCUCCUGCUCUGGACUCCCUGCAUGCUGCUACAGCAAUGUUGUCUAGUGGUGACUUGUACCUCACUACCUCCCCCACCCUGUCUCUCCUCCCUCACACCUCACACCCCCUGUAUGGUUGGGAGACAUUCGUCUCUCAUGGUUUUGGUGAUGAUAGUGGUGAUGGUGAUAUGUUGUCUGGUUCUUCGUCUGUGGCCUCGGGUGACCCACCAAUGUUUAGUGACACUCACCCCCUUCAAACCUUACGUGACUCCCCCACUGAGCUAGCCUUCAGACCUCUCCCUGCAACCUCUCUCUCCCUGCAGCCUUCUCUUCUCCUCUCUAGUGACUUCUCUCUGUCCGGGGCCACCCCGGGCCUCACUGGCUCUGUAUCUGGCGGGCUGGGGGACUCUAGUUAUGCUACAGGCCGUGUAGUAGAGUCUUGUCUGGUGGGUGUUGUCGUCGGUGGUGUUGGUGAUGUUAGAAUCACGGUAGCUAGCGAUGGCGUGGAGUCGUUGUGUACCUGUUCUCUGGAUGGCUUCUCGUCCUCCUGGUUGCAUGCCUCUCCUCACCUCUCUCUGCCCACGUCUGACUGGUGGGCGGCUAGCCUAGCGCUCUACUCCUCCGGUAGCGGUUUAGACCAUCUCCUCCAUUCAUCUUUGGGAGGCUCUCCCAACCCAUCUGGAGGUCAGCCUCUCUUCUCUUCCUCCUCUUCUCCCCCUGUUCCUCCUCAUCCUCCUCUCUCAGGUUUCCAUAGUGAUCUGCUCGUUUCUGUUACAGCCACACCGUCCGGCUCCAAGGACCACUGGGUCUCGGCCCUCCGAACCUCGGCCCCCCCCUCCUCCUACUCGGCCUCCCCCCUCACCCCCACCCUCCCCCCUGAACUGCAGACGGUGGACAGUAGUGCCUCUGGCUCGAACCUGUCGGGAGAAGCCCAGAAGGAGCUAGAUGAGGAGUGGGACAGGGUUCAGAGUUCAGCCUCGGGGGAGGGCGCGCUCCCUUAUAUCCCCACCUUCACCCCCUCACUCACCUCUGAAGCCGCCACCACUCCCAACAUCGACACAGAAGAACUCUCCUCAUCGUUCUACUUUGAGAGCGAGAACGGCAGUGCCGUCACCACGGAUACAGCAGGCAGCACGGCAACAGUAUCUGAGGUGACCGCGGCGGCGCCCUGGUCGCUAGGUGGGGAGGUGGAGAGUGGCUCGGGGCAGGGCGAGAGCCUGUACGACAACGAGACGUCCUCAGACUUCACUAUCACCGAGCGCACAGAGAAAGACUCGGAGGAGGAGGAGCCAGUUGCAGAGGCCAGUAACAGCAGCCAUCAGUCCAGGGUGGGUCUGGCCAGGGAGAGAGAGAGGAGGGCCAUGGUCCCUCUGGCAGUGGUCUCAACCCUCACCUUCCUGGGACUCAUCGUCCUGGUGGGAAUCCUCAUCUACUGGAGGAAGUGUUUCCAGAUUGCCCAUUUCUACAUAGAGGACAACACAUCCCCCAGAGUCAUAUCUGUUUCACCCACAUCCAUGCGUACAGAUACAGAUAAACAUAAAGCCCUUCCAGUGAAGCAGUUUGUAAAGCACGUGACGGAGCUCCACCACACCAAUGCAUUCUCCAGAGAGUUUGAGAUAUUGAAAGAGUGUUAUGAGGCGGUGCAGGUGUGCAAGGUGGACCUAGGUAUCACCACAGACGGCUCCAACCAUCCAGACAACAAGAACAAGAACCGAUACGUUAAUAUCCUGGCCUAUGACCACAGCCGAGUAAGACUCUCAACCCAGGCUGACAAAGAUGGGAAGAGUAGAGAUUACAUUAACGCAAACUACGUUGACGGUUUCAACAAGUCCAGGGCCUACAUCGCAGCCCAGGGCCCCCUCAAGUCCAGCACCGAGGACUUCUGGAGGAUGGUGUGGGAACAGAACGUGGGCGUCAUCAUCAUGAUUACCAACCUGGUAGAGAAGGGACGGAGGAAGUGUGACCAGUACUGGCCCCUGGAGAGCCAGGAAGAGUACGGUGGUUUCCUGGUGACGGUGAAGAGCAGUAAGGUUCUGGCCCACUACACCCAGAGAACCUUCACCCUCAGGAACACCAAGGUCAAAAAGGUUUCUCUGAAGGGGCGGAUUAACGAUCGGACCGUGACCCAGUAUCACUACACUCAGUGGCCAGAUAUGGGCGUGCCCGAGUACACUCUGCCCGUGCUCACCUUCGUCCAGAAGUCCUCCAAAGCCAGGACAGAUGACAUGGGGCCUAUCGUAGUGCACUGCAGUGCAGGGGUUGGCAGGACUGGAACCUACAUAGUGUUGGAUAGCAUGCUGAAGCAGAUCAAAGAAGAGGGCACGGUCAACAUCAUGGGCUUCCUCAAACACAUCCGCACACAGAGGAACUACCUGGUACAGACAGAGGAGCAGUAUGUGUUCAUCCACGAUGCUCUAGUGGAGGCCAUCUUGGGCAAGGAGACUGAGGUUCCCUCCAGCCGCAUCCACAGCUACGUCAACGACCUCCUGACCCCAGGGCCCUCCGGCAGGACGCAGCUAGAGAAACAGUUUAAGCUGAUAUCCUCGUCCAAUGCCAUACAGUGCGACUACUCAGCAGCCCUGAAAGAGUGUAACAGAGAGAAGAACAGAAACUCCUCUUUAAUACCCGUUGAAAGGUCACGGGUUUGUCUGUCCACAGUGGCGGGAGAAACUACAUCAGACUACAUCAACGCCUCAUACCUCACGGGGUACCGGCAGAGCACUGAGUUCAUCGUGACCCAAAACCCGCUGGCCGGCACGGUGACAGACUUCUGGAGGAUGAUCUGGGAUCACAACGCUCAGGUCAUAGUCACACUGCCGGGAACACCAAGCCUGACAGAGGGGGAGGAGCCAUACGUGUACUGGCCCCGCAAGGAGCAGCCAAUCAGCUGUGAGGCGUUCACAGUGACCCUCCGGAGCGAGAACCACAUGUGUCUGGCCAACGAGGAGAUGCUGGUGGUGCAGCACUACGUCCUGGAGGCUACACAGGAUGACUAUGUUCUGGAGGUGAGGCACUACCGGGCGCCUCACUGGCCCAACCCAGACAGCCCCAUCAGCAGCACCUUUGAGCUGCUCAGCCUAGUGAAGGAGGAGAGCUCCUCCAAGGAGGGCCCCACGGUGGUCCACGACCAGGUUGGCGGUGUUACUGCGGGAACCUUCUGUGCCCUGUCUACUCUGGUGCGCCAACUAGAGGCGGAGAGCACUGUGGACGUGUACCAGGUGGCUAAGAUGUUCAACCUCAUGAGGCCAAGGACCUUCACUGAUGUUGAGCAGUAUCAGUUCCUAUACAAAGCCAUGCUGAGUCUGGUGGGCACACAGGAGGACGAGAGGAUGCACCAGUCCUCAGACAACAACGGAACAGUCCCAGGGGGCACCGCCAGCACGGCAGAGAGCCUUGAGUCCCUGGUGUAACCAUUUACAUUUUAGUCACUUAGCAGACGCUUAUAGGAGCAAUUAGGGUUAAGUGCCUUGCUCAAGGGCACAGCAACAGAUUUUGUCACCUUGUCGGCUCGGGGAUUCGAACCAGAGACCUUUUGGUUACUGGCCCAACGCUCUUAACAGCUAGGCUACCUGCCGCCCUAUGGCAACAGGGCCCCUAACUUGUCAGUAUGGAUUCUCGCCUAUCUCACAGUUUUCUGUUUUUAAAAACUGCAGCUUUGCCUGUUUACCCUCUCUUAUGUUCUCCGUCUUUGAAUGCAUUUUCCAGACCGCUGGACAUGAUACCCUAUGACCUUGUAAUGUGUGCCUUUGUAUAAUCAUCUUGUAGCCUACUUGUAAUGCCUCUCAUACAAUUGUAGUCAACUUUUCUGAUGUUUUGUUGAUACUGCUGUCUUGAGAUAUUUGCUCUACUCUGUUUCCCUAAACUUUCAUAUUUAUUUUCAGUAAGCAAAAAAAAGGGAACAUGCUACUUUUUACGUUAAACAUGUUUUGUUAGCCUAUUUUUUUGUUGAGUCAAUGCAUUGAGCAACUCAUUAUUCCGUCUAACAAUGAAUAUGCUAUUUUGUUUGUAGCAACAGUGAGCUUUUGAAGUCAAAUGCAUAAUGGUAUGAAAUAAUACAUCUAAUAUGUAAAUAGUAUUAUAGCAACCAAGUCAAUGGACCAAAUUUCUAUUUAUACUUCUAGAUUUUUAUAUUUUACUACAAUUUGUCAAUUUUCUAUGUAUGGCUGCAUUCUAAAAAUAACUUAGUCAAAGCAUUUUUUAUGUUUUAAUAUUAGUGUUCUGUAUUUUGUAACAUACUAAACAUGAAGCAUGGGGUAAUGACACUUUUUAGCUGUACAUUAAACAUUGCUGGAGGAUUAGACAGUUUUAAACACGUGAAAGAAAAUUCAA